UUAGCAUGAGUCCAUUCCAUAGGAGUGAUUAAAAAAUGUGUCGCAAUUCUACUUGGUCUUGUGAUUUAAGUCACGUGAGAGUUCCAUCAAUGCUUUGUAUGUGGUUCUGUGUGUGUGUGAAUGUGUGUGUGUGUGUGUGUGUAAAUUCCCUAGAAGAAAAGUAGAUCUGUCUUAACAUUUUAUAUUAUGAUCAGGUCGGAGAUUCCGAACUUCUCAAAAACUCCGCCCACUUCCUCAAACUUUAGACGCGCGCACAUACACACACACUGUAUGCAUCUGUAGAGAGAGAGAGAUACACACACACACACACACACACACACACGGUCGAGGGACGGGUAUUGUAGUCUCCAGUCUCCGGGAUCUCUGAGGACUGUAAAAGCGGUAGGAUGCUGCACCGGAUCGCGGCUCUGAUAUUCCUGGUGCUCGCGGUGAGGUGCGCGCGCGCUGCACGCCUUCCUCUCGUAGAGACGCUGAACGACCGACCGGUGAUCGGUAUUUUGACUCAGGAGGUUAGAGACCCUAGUCUGCGACCGUAUGGAGGAACCUACAUUCCCUCGUCUUAUGUGAAGUACAUCGAGUCGGGCGGAGCACGUGUGAUUCCCAUUAGACUGAAUCAAACCAUAGAAGAGCACGAAAAAAUCUUCCGGUCAAUCAACGGGCUUAUUUUUAUCGGUGGUGCAGUGGAUCUGGAAACAUCUGACUUUGCCCACACCGCUGGAUUUUACUUCAGACUCGCUCUUAAGGCCAACGACGAGGGAGACUACUUUCCAAUCUGGGGAACGUGUCUAGGUUUCCAGCUCCUCACGGUACUGGUGGCAGGAGAGAACCUGCUGAGCAAAACCAUGGCAGACAACAUCUCCAUGCCCUUAAACCUCACCUCAGAUGCCCGGGCCAGCCGCAUGUUUAAGAGUUUUCCUCCCGAGUUGUUCAGGGCGCUGUCAGAGGAACCACUCACGGGGAAUUUCCAUCAUUACGGCGUGACAGAGCAGGUGUUUGUGGGGAAUGAGAAACUGAGUAGCUUCUUCACCAUACUGUCCAUUAACCAGGCAGAGAACGGAGCUGUGUUUGUCUCCUCCAUGGAAGGGAAGAAGUACCCAUUCUACGGCGUUCAGUGGCAUCCAGAAGUGAACCGUUUCCAGUGGAAUCCUCACUACACUUUUCCUCAUUCCAAAAACGCCGUCCAAGUGUCGUCACUACUGGCUCAGUUUCUCGCGAAUGAAGAUAUAUUUACAUUAAAACUGUAUAUACUUGCUCGUCUUCCCACCCCCUUCUUUCCCCCCUCCCUCUCUCCCUCUCUCUCUCUCUCUCCAGGAAGGAGAAGCUCUCACCACUUCAGUCAGCCAGAGGAGGAGAGUCAAGCGCUCAUAUACAAUUAUAAUCCUGUGUAUACAGCAAACGUUAGUGCAUAUGAGCAAGUGUACUUCUUCUAACUCGGUCCUCAGUCUCAUUUUUAUACCUGUAUUUGUUCUUUUUAAUGCUUUAUUACUGUAAUGGUUUUCAUCAACUUGUCAUUGUACAAUUCAGUGAAUUAAAGCAGCAGGAUGUUGUUAUAUGCCUUUAUAUGAAGAGAUAAUUAUAUUUCUGAUAAAGCACAAUUAACAUUCAAACUGAA